GCCAAAGGGGAAAAUCCCCAAGUCAAAUCUAAGCAAUCACAGGAGACACCAGUAACAAUACCAGUUGCUCCAGUGGAUGGCAUGAAAUGGAAACGAGUGUCUUCGCGUCUUGAAUGAAAAAGAGAAGUAGAGGAGGAGGAGGUAGAGGAAGAUCCGGGUGAGGGGCCCUCCUCAGAACCACCACCAUUGCAAAAGGCAAAAGCGAAAACUAAGAGACAUGCAGAAGAGAGUGAUGAAGAGGAAGUCUCUAUUACUACUCGCCGGCCUCUAAAGAUGACUGAAAUCCAAGGUUCAAGAAAGGAGUUUACACGGCGCCUGAAUGAAAGUCUUGUUUCCUGGUUGGUUCGCUGUUGGGACAGUGGGGCCCAUAGCUUGUCUCUAGAUGGUAAUGAAGCUCGCCAACUAGGUGCCAUUGCCAGAGAUCCAGCUAUUGAUAGAGGAAUUAGUCGAUGUUUGGAUGAGGCUGCCUCCCUCUGGGAACGAGUGUUAAUAGCCGUGAAGGAAAAGUAUCCCUUCAAAAAUGGCUUGAAGAUUGCGAUGAAAAAAUGGGAUACAGUUGAAAAGGGUAUCCAGUAUUUGAGGGAAAUAGUCAUGGUGGAAAUGUUGUAUGAACCUGACUUUGUUCCUAACCACCCACACCAAGACCGCGACCCUGAAAAAGUGAGGGCAACACCUGAGAUAUGGCAGAAACUCAUGACAACAGCACCGGAUAAAUAUGCCGCUACACUAACGUCAGCAUGUGACAGAUACCAGGAACAACAGAGAACGCCCUUAGUUUAUGAAUUAAUUGUUACGCUCCAAAACUACGAACAAUUGCUGUCCCCAAUUCAUGCUGCCGUUGCUGCUAUAUCAAAAAUGAUGGAGCAAGUGUCUCAACUGAUUAACCGUGACAAGCCUGUAGCAGUAUCAGAGACGCUUGAUGAAGAUCAGGAUAAUCAAAUGAGUCUAAUGAAGGAGAUGAAGGAGAUGAUGCGAGCCCACCUAACUAAAGACUAUGAUCCUUCCUUCUCAUGUGCACUAUCAAAAAUCUCAGCUGUUAGAGGCAGACGCUCUCCGGCUCAAGUAAGGGAUAAUACACCGCAAAUUGCCUUAUGGUAUUACCUACGUGACCAUGGAGAAGACAUGAGGAAGUGGCACCGUGAACCUACUCCUGUACUACGAGCCCGAGUGAGAGAAUUACAAGGCAGAUCAACCACCAGUGCAAUUGCUCCAGUUACCACAGGUAAUGGAUAAAGGGGCCCUGCCCUCAGUCAGGGGGGGAAAGGGAUAAUAGAGUAUAUUGGACUGUGUGGAUUCGAUGGCCUGGCACAUCAGAACCACUGAAAUAUAAGGCACUGGUGGACACUGGUGCACAGUGCACUCUGAUGCCCUCGAGUCAUGAAGGGACAGAAUCAAUCCAUAUUUCUGGAGUGACCGGGGGCUCUCAAGAAUUGACUGUGUUGGAGGCUGAGAGAAGCCUCACUGGUAAGGACUGGCAAAAACAUCCUAUUGUGACGGGCCCAGGGGCUCCAUGUAUACUAGGUAUUGAUUAUCUCAGAAGGGGGCAUUUCAAGGAUCCUAAGGGGUAUCGAUGGGCCUUUGGAAUAGCUGCUGUGGACACAGACAACAUUAAGCAGUUGUCUGUUUUGCCUGGCCUGUCAGGAGAUCCGUCUGUUGUGGGGCUGCUGCGAGUAAAAGAGCAACAGGUACCGAUUGCCAUAAAAAUGGUGCACAGGCGUCAGUACUGCACCAACAGGGAUUCUUUGCUCCCCAUUCAUAAGUUAAUUCGUCAACUAGAGAGCCAGGGAGUGAUCAGCAAAACUCACUCGCCUUUUAACAGCCCCAUAUGGCCAGUGCGUAAAGCCAGUGGAGAAUGGAGGCUGACGGUGGACUACCGUGGCCUGAAUGAAGUCACACCCCCACUGAGUGCUGCUGUGCCGGACAUGUUAGAACUCCAGUAUGAACUGGAGUCAAAAGCGGCCAAAUGGUAUGCCACCAUUGACAUUGCUAAUGCCUUCUUUUCCAUUCCUUUGGCCAAAGAAUGUAAGCCACAGUUUGCUUUCACAUGGUGGGGCGUUCGGUAUACCUGGAACCGUUUGCCCCAGGGGUGGAAACACAGCCCGACCAUUUGCCAUGGGUUGAUCCAAACUGUAUUGGAACAGGGCAGUGCUCUUGAGCAUCUGCAGUGCAUUGAUGACAUCAUUGUGUGGGGCGAUACAGCAGAAGAAGUCUUUACAAAAGGAGAGCGAAUGAUCCAAAUUCUUCUGAGUGCUGGUUUUGCUAUGAAGCGAAGCAAAGUGAAAGGACCUCCCAGCAGAUUCAGUUCCUAGGCAUAAAGUGGCAAGAUGGCCAUCGUCACAUCCCGACAGAUGUGAUCGACAAAAUCACUGCUAUGUCUCCACCCACUUGCAAAAGAGAGACACAAUCUUUUCUGGGUGCAGUGGGCUUUGGGUGAAUGCAUGUUCCAAACUACAGCCUCAUUGUAAGCCCCCUUUAUCAUGUGACGCGAAUGAGAAAUGAGUUUACAUGGGGCCCUGAGCAGCAGCAGGCUUUUGAACAGAUUAAACAGGAGAUAGCCCGUGCUGUGGCCCUAGGGCCAGUACGGACGGGACAGGGUAUAAAGAACAUCCUCUAUACUGCUGCUGGAGAGAACGGUCCCACUUGGAGUUUGUGGCAAAGACCCUCAGGAGAGACCCGAGGCCAACCCCUGGGAUUCUGGAGUUGAGCCUACAGGGGGUCAGAAGAGGGCUACACUCCAACUGAGAAGGAGAUCUUAGCCGCUUAUGAGGGGGUUCAAGCUGCUUCCAAAGUAGUCGGUACUGAAACACAGCUUCUUCUGGCACCUCGACUGCCAGUGCUGAACUGGGUGUUCAAGGGAAAGGUUCCCUCCACCCAUCAUGCUACUGAUUCCACUUGGAGUAAGUGGAUUGCACUGAUUACACAACGAGCACGGAUGGGGAACCUCAGCCGUCCAGGAAUCCUAGAGGUCAUCAUGGACUGGCCUGAAGGUAAAAAGUUUGGAACACCACCAGGAGAAGAAGUAUCACGUGCUAAAGA